UAAACUUUGAACUUUCCCCCUGUAUAGUCCCUUCCCGCCCUCCUGCUCUCUCCACUGCUAACCGCCGCGAGGAAGAAGCUAUGGAGAUCACAUUCACUGGCAAGCGCGCGCUCGUGACGGGAGCCGGAAAAGGCAUCGGGAGAGCCACAGCUUUGGCGUUAGCGCGCGGCGGAGCGGAAGUUGUAGCGGUCACGCGCACACAGGCUGACCUGGACACGCUUGUGCACGAGUGCCCUUCUAUUAAGCCUGUGUGUGUGGACUUGGCGGAUUGGGAUGCUACAGAGCACACGCUGAAGGAUGUGGGUCCUAUCGACCUGCUGGUGAACAAUGCAGGCUGCGCCAGGCUGCAAUCCUUCCUCGAGAUCACGCAGGACAGCUUUGAUAUGUCUUUCAACGUCAACGUGAAAGCAGCCCUGCAUGUUGCACAAAUUGUGGCCAGAGGAAUGAAAGCCAGGGGAAGUGGUGGCUCCAUCUUGAAUAUCUCCAGCCAAGCGUCCCACCGUGCCUUUAAAGACCAUGCUGUGUACUGUGCUACAAAAGGAGCACUCGACAUGCUGACUAAAGUGAUGGCUCUGGAGCUGGCGCCCUACCAGAUCAGAGUGAAUUCUGUAAACCCGACUGUGGUGUUAACAGACAUGGCAAAGAUAGGAUGGAGUGACCCCGUGAAGGCCAACGCCAUGAUAUCACGUAUCCCUAUGGGCAAAUUUGCCGAAGUGGAGGAUGUGGUCCAUGCCAUACUGUUUCUGCUCUGUGACAAGAGCGCCAUGACAAAUGGAGCGUUCCUGCCGAUAGAUGGAGGCUUCCUGGCCAGCUAGAUUCAGCUAUGGGAAUUGAGGAUUGACAGAGCUUGAAGGAAAAAUAUUAAGUUUCGGACACAUACAUCAUGUCCUACCGUAAAAAUUGUAUUGUACAGAAGUGAGAGGUUGUUUUCUCCCAAUUAGUACUGAGUAACUGAAAAUCUGUACAACUGAAAAUCUGUACUACUGAGAAGAUGGCUGUAAUGGUGGCACAAAUACAAAUACAUGGGCUGAAUUCAAUUGUUCUUGAAGGUAUAUUGACUAUUGUGUAUUGCAGUUGUUCACAUCCAGUCAGCGUUCUCUGUUUCCAGAAGAGCAGGAGAAACAAGCUCAUUCAAAAAGAGAACAAUUACAGUAUACAGGUACACAGUCAGAUUAAAUUAUUAAUUUAGCUAAACAGCUGGGUUUUUUUUUUUUAGGAACUAUAAGCUAAAACACUACUACUACAUUAUUCAUGUAUUUAUUUUCUUUGGCAAGAUGGCACUCGGUGUCAGGACACUACCGUCAGUUACACACAAUACAAAGGAGGCUUCUAUUCGUGGUAUUUUUCAUAGGCCAUUUGGUUUGCUGCCAUCACCCCUCCUCAACCUACACAAUAAUCCUCUGUCCUCCGCUAAGAGGGAACUGACAGCAUUAGCCAGUAAUGCCCUUGUUCCUUAUGCCUUUUGAUAUCGUUACUUUGAACCUCAAGCUUGACUAAGAAAUGAAAUAAAGCUACAAAUAAAAAAGGGUUUCUAUUUUCCAAAAAGAUAUGGA